AUGAUCAGACGCCCGUUCAGCACUUCAUCUUCCACCGAAAGGAAUAAUAGCAACUUCUCUCGCUACACCCGCAAUCAACGUCACCGCAUGAGGACGAACAGUGAGCUGGUGAAGAAGUUCAGUACCGCGACAUGUACGUAUGUUAUACUAUAGAGGGUUUUGGGGGUCUUCAAAGUUAGAAAAAAGUUUUUUUUUUAAAUUGAUAUUAAAUCAUAUAAAACAUAAUAAAAGUCGAUUUUUAAGCUUUUAUAAAUAAUAUUAAAUAAACAAAGGUUGAUAACAAAUAGUUAAAUGUUUUAAAAGGUUAAAAGUUAGUAAAAUUUUGAUUUUAAACCCUAAAAUUUCGGUUUUUAAUUAAAAAAAACGAAAAAUAAUAAGAGUUUGAAGCGAUUUUAAUCAUUCUUUGAAGUCAUCGAUGAAGCUGAUGAUUUUUUUAUUGACUUCUAUCGGUUCAACAAAGUUUCUGAACUACACAAACUACAACAACAUUCUUUACUUGUAAUAUCUCACUAGCCGAGACCAUUUAGCCGUUCUUGAUAAUGAUAUUCUUGGUAACUUUUCAUGCUCUUUCAUCCUAUAUUGGUCUUGUUUUAAAAACUUGUAGUAUAAUUAGUAGAAUUUCCUUGUUAUUUAAGACGUAUUUUGGCCGUAUUUACCAUAACUUAUAAUUUAAAGACUAAAAUAUUUUUGGUCGAAAAGUAUAUAGAAAACAUAGAAAGUUAAAACAAAAUUUGGUAUACAUUCUUAACUAUUUCUACUUUAUUCAGCAUAAUAUGUUUAGUAGAGCAAUACAGUCCAAUAAUGGACCAAAAUCGAAAAAAGUCAUUGGCACAACUAGUUGACAUAACACAACUCAGUUUGAGUAACACAUUUGAAUGUAAUGAACAGAGUCCGGAAGAGAUGAUCUACAACAUGUUCAAGAUUCCAAACAAAAACGAGGCGUCCAUCGGCAAACUUUUGAUGGUAAUAUUAUCUUUGUCAUUAUCUUAUUAUUCGUUUUAGUGACUUUUUUUUAAUUGAAGACCAAGUUUUCUAAAAAAAUACUUUAGGUCCUGAAGAACUACGGCUUAUGGGAAACCGACCCCCAGCUCCGACCCAUGAUGAAGAAGAUCUGGAAGAUCGAGAAGGAGAAGGAAGAGCGAACGUGCGAAGCUCGUGACCCCAAGCAUUGGAAGCUCUCGAAAAAGGACUUUAUCAGUUGUAUUUCCGAAAGCAUUUCGUUGAUUUCGAAAACCCUCCAGAACGAUCUGAUCGUGCCGAGCUGGAAUUCCUUCACGCGGAUCGUCGGCGACAUUUUCGAUAAGGUAUUUUUAGUUCGUGGGGGCGGAUGGGGGUUUUACAAAGGUGAUCAGAGAUUGGAAAAAUGACAAAAAAAAACUUAUUUUGAAUAUUUAAAAAAAAUUAUUUUGAAAAGUUGUUUUUUGGCGCAACUUCUACCAUAUUGGCAUUGUGUUUCAAUCUAGGACAAAAUUGUGUUUUUCAGCGUCCAAGCCAGUUAGAAAGACAAGAUUUUUCACGUUAUUAACGUAAUUAGUGUAUUGUUUUUGUGAAAAAGCCUGGAAUUUUAAAGUUCAUAUUAAUAUUGUUAUGAAUUUUUGAAAAAAAAACAGCAUUUCACUUUAAAAAUACAUAUUUUAGAUUGAAAAUUACUUUUUUUUCGUCAAGUAAAAGCUAAUAUUCCUUCUGUUUUACAUUGUAACUUUGGCGAGCUUUGAUUAUCAAUCAUUUUUAUAUUAAAACCAAUCAUACUUAUCUUUUAAAGUGUAAAAAUAUUAAUAUUAUCUUUUUUUAUAUUAACAUAGCUUUCCAAUAUGAUUUUUCCGAAGUGAAAUCUUUUAAAAUUCAAAAAAAAACUUUUUCGAUUUCAGUGCAAAGCUAUAAAAGACGGAGCAGUAGCAGACUACAUACCACAACUUAGUCGAGUCGAUCCCAAUCUCUUCGGUCUGUCAAUAUGCACCAUCGAUGGUCAAAGAGUGUCAUAUGGAGAUUCGAAGCAUGCUUUUUGUAUUCAAAGUGUGUCCAAAGCCUUCAACUAUGCUAUCGCGGCUUCUGAAUUGGGAGGCGACUAUGUGCACCAGUUUGUGGGACAAGAACCGUCUGGAAGGCUGUUUAACGAGAUCUGUUUGGAUCCGAACAAUAAACCUCACAACCCAUUGAUUAACAAUGGUGCUAUCAUUGUGACGUCGCUGAUUCAGAGCAAGAUGAAUACAGCUGAUCGGUUUGAUCAUGUGGGUUUAGAUUUUUAAAGACAAAUGACAGCUAAAGGGUAGUUUUGGCUUAAUUUUACUAUUACAACCACAAAUCUAUUACUAAAAAUUUAUCUUUAAAAUUUUUGGCUACUACAACAUAAUAUUAACACUUUUUAUCACCUUUCAGAUGAUAAAACAAUACCGUAAAAUAUCUGGAGGAGAAUACGUUGGCUUCAACAACGCUGUUUUCUUAUCAGAACGGAGUACAUGUAGCAGAAACAUGGCCUUGGCGUAUUUUAUGGAAGAAAACAAAUGUUUCCCACCUGAAUGUACAAAUGUGACCGAUGCAUUGGACUUUUAUUUUUACUUAUGCUCUCUGGAAGUUACAUGUGAAAGUGCGGCAGUAAUGGCAGCUACGUUAGCUAAUGGUGGGGUUUGUCCGACUACCGGAGAGAGAUGUAUUGGCAGCAGACCUAUACGGUGAGUUCGGGGAUGAUAGCGGGCUUAUACGGUUGGUGUGUUAGUGGGCUAGCUUAUAGUUAUGCUAUUAGGAGUGAACAGGAAGUUUGAGACUGGGAACCUUUGAUUUUAAAAAAUUAUGUAUUUGUUACCUAAAAACUAAAUUUUUUACUACUGUCUGGGAUUGAUUUUAAAUGUAAUAAAAAAUUAUUUUAGUGACCUGUUAUCAUUAAUGAGUUCUUGUGGAAUGUACGAUGGUUCAGGACAGUUUGCUUUUCAUGUUGGACUACCAGCCAAGUCAGGCGUCUCUGGUGUUUUGCUUGUUGUUGUGCCAAAUGUAAUGGGCAUUGCUGUUUGGUCACCUCCAUUGAAUAAGCAAGGAAAUAGUGUUAGAGGAUUGGCUUUUUGUCAUGUAGGUUGAACAAUAAUUAUUGUGACAAAGGAUUUUAAUUGUAUCUUUUAUGAUCUCUUAGCUAUGUUUAAAAUUUUUUUUAUCAGGACACUUGUAAUUAUUUUACCUAUAACUUAACAUUUUAGGAGCUAAUUCAACGAUUUAACUUCCACACUUACGACAGUUUGGUUAAUAAUGAGUCAUUGAAGUACGAUCCUCGGCAUCGGAGCUGUGAUCUUCAGAAGAAUCAAGUGGUAUCGCUUUUAUUCGCUGCUAAAGCCGGGGAUUUGAACAAAAUUAGGAGGUAAGCAAAGGUUUUUUAAUAGUUUGGUACUUUUGAAGUUUAGAUCUGGUCAAAAAGUGUGUAGAAUUGACUUAUCAUUAGCUGGUCUAAAGAUUUUGCCGAUUUUUUGCUCUUUUUUGGUCAAAAAGUUUGUGGAAGGCAUCAAAAUAGGAAGUCAAAGUUAAGAAGGCCAUAGAAAGGAAUUUUGUUUACUUUUGACCGAUUUUGAAAUUUAAUAUGAUGUUAGGUGAUAAAAGAUACUAUCAAAGUUAAAAAUACUUUACUGACAACAAUAAUCUUUUAUUUUCAGGAUGUACAUGCAAGGCUGUGACCUAGAGAUGAAAGACUAUGACAAGCGAACCGCACUGCACUUGGCGGCGUCCGAAGGUCAUCCUGAUGUAAUUCUGUUUCUUCUUAACAUUGCCAAAGUACAGCCAGACCCUGAAGACCGGUAAGAAUUAAAUUUUAUUGGUUUCAUAGGGUUUUACGUCUAUACCUACUUGUUUUAACGCAAAUCAUCUAUACUUACUAGUUUUAAUACAAAUUUAAGGAUUUUUAAUGUUUUUUAAGGUCUUCUCGGCAAUUCUUAUUGAUUUUCUAAUGUUUUGAGAUAUUUUUCAUUGAUUUAUAUCUAAUUUGCUUGAUUUACAGCCAUUUUUUUUAAAUUUAUGGCUAUUUUUUCAAAGCUCAUUAAAGAAUUCACAAGAUUUAUCACUGAAUUCUUUGGAAAAUACCUGGAAUCAGUUUUUAUGGCUCUGUUUACUGUGUAAUCAUUUAUAUAGUAGACUUGCGAAACAGACAAAGUUGUAAAAACCCAAAACAAUAACAAUAUACUACAAAUAGAAAAACGAUAAAAACGUUUACAUACGGUUGUCACAAGGCGGCCGUAAUUAAUUAGUAUUUACUAAACUUUGUUUCAAUAACACUUGCAUUGUAAUCGGAACUAAAUUAGGGAGAUUUAUUGUUUUACAGCAACAGUAUUGUUACUGUAGUUUUACAGCAGCAAUAUUGUUAUUGUAGGGUUGCGUAAGGAUGAUCUUAAAAUUUUUAUUUGAAAUUUUAGGUCAUGUAGUGUGGUAGUAUAGUUGAUGAUUAAAGUGUGGUUGUAAGGUGGUUUUAGAGGAGGAUAUUAACAAUGAAAGGGCCUGACCUGUCUAGCUCUGAUUGACUUCAAACUUUUAUAUAGAAAGAUCAUGUAAAUAUUUAGUCAGCAUGGUACUAAAUCGCGCUUUCUAGGAAAUUUCGAGAAAUUUCAGAUCAAUAUUACGUUUUGAAUUUAUCCGCCAAAUUGGCAUUGUGUUUCAUGCUUAUAACUAGUCAUUUUUUGGCUUUUAAUCAUUUUUUUCUUGGAUAUACUAGUAGGAUACCUUUAAAUGAACCUGUAUUUUUAAAUUUGGCAGCGUAUUUUGUCUGCAAAUUACAAAAAAGUGCUUGAAACACAAUGCUAAAUUUGCCGAAUUGGCGGGAAACCAAAAUAAUUCAAAUUUAAAACCCAAAAUGGGACAAAGAGCUGGUCCUUAGUGGGUAGGUUUCCUUGUUAACUAAAAUUUAAAAAGAAUUAGCGCUUGGGCAGUAAAAUUUCUUUAGCAAACUUUUACAGCGCACAUUUGGUAUCAAAUCUUAUUUAAAAUUAACAUUUGGCUUUCACCACUGUCGUUUGGCUCUGUAUCUCUACUAUUUACCACUAUCAUUUGACCCUCUAUCUCUACUUCUCAUUCAACUCGUACCACGCUAAUUUCAGAUGGCAUCGAACGCCGUUGCAGGACGCGGAAGCCGGCAGUCAUUUGACUUGCGUAAAGUUGCUGGAGAAGGCGAUGAAACUGAAAGGCUUGAAGACGAACAAAGAACAACACCAUCUGAAUAAGGCUCCAUCGUCGGGCUCUUCGAUCCCUUCAUCUGACGAGUCGGAUCACGAAGAAGACGAGGCUACGGAUGGAGCCUCUUCAGACAGCGCUUACAUGUCGAAGGAUCGGGUUACGUAA